AUGACAGUUUUGUCGAUGAAGACUGGUUCAGAAAGUGUAGAUGGCAACAUUGAGGAGAAUAUUCCGGUUGUUCCACCAUCCUCAACAGAGUAUGAGCAAGCCAAGGUUCUCGCUUUAUCCUUGAAAUUUUUGGAGCUUCAGAGAUUGCGGACUGAAAUUCAGGCUGAGAUUGACAGGCAUGCACAUGAGUUGAUCCGUCAAAGGGAAGAGCAAGAGAGGAUUCAUCGAAGAGAGGAAGAGAAGCUUGAAAGUCUGUAUGUUGCAUGGUUUCCAAAGUAUCUUCCAAGAUGUAAAAGAAAGGAUGAGAAAUGGGCAGAGAAGCACUCCAAAUGCAAGAGGUAUGAUAGUGCCACUAAGAGUGACUCUGAAGCACCAGAUGAAGGUUUUGAGUAUCCUGUAGAAAAGGUUGAUACCAGUGAGUUGGAUUCAUAUGCAGCAGAGGAUAAGGCAAGAAUGGAAAAGUAUCAUGAAAGGAAAUUGAGAAGUAUAUUUGAUUUUGAGCGUGCAAAUCCCAAAAUAUUUGCAAGGACCAUGCAAGAGGGUGAGGAGAAAGCGGAUGAUGAGGAGAUGUUGGAGAAAGAGACAAAUGAGGAAAAAAUUGGAGAAGAUACUGGUGAUGAUGAUGAUUCUGAGGAUUCUUCGUCACCUGACAAUACUUCACCUGCAUCGUCUGACAGUGAGGAAGAAUGGCAUAGAGAGGAAGAAGGCUGGAACACUGAUGAAGAUGACUAUUAG